UGUACGCUUAAAGCGAUGUAAAAAACUACAAGGCGGGAGUGUUCAUCCCUUGUAUUACUUCCUGCGUACAAACCGGCACAGGAAGCAUAUGCGACUCAACCAUCAACUCGUUGAAGGUUAUCCACCCCCCACAAUAAAAUAGUUUCCAAAAUGCCUCACAUUGAGAAUGAUAUCAAGCUGGACUUUAAGGAUGUGCUCCUACGUCCUAAGCGGAGCACUCUCAAAUCAAGGAGUGAGGUGGACCUAAUGAGGAGCUUCACCUUCCGGAACUCCAAGGGCAGCUACAGAGGUAUCCCCAUCAUUGCUGCUAACAUGGACACAGUGGGCACCUUUGAGAUGGCUGUGGCCUUAAAUCGAUUCACAGUCUUCACCGCGAUUCAUAAACAUUACUCAGUAGAUGACUGGCAAGAGUUUGCAGCCAAGCAUCCAGAAUGCCUUGAGAACGUUGCCGUCAGCACAGGCACUGGCGAGGCUGACUUCGAGAAGAUGGCUGGCAUCCUGGCAGCAGUGCCGCAGUUACGCUACAUCUGUGUUGAUGUGGCCAACGGUUAUUCGGAGCAUUUUGUCCACUUUGUCAAGGAUGUCCGUGGGAAAUACCCCUCGCACACAAUAAUGGCAGGAAAUGUAGUCACAGGAGAGAUGGUGGAGGAGCUGAUCCUGGCUGGUGCAGACAUCAUUAAAGUAGGCAUCGGACCAGGCUCUGUGUGCACAACCCGCAAGAAGACCGGGGUGGGGUACCCUCAACUUAGCGCAGUGAUAGAGUGUGCGGAUGCAGCCCAUGGACUUAAUGGCCACAUCAUCUCUGAUGGAGGGUGCACGUGUCCAGGAGACGUCUCUAAGGCUUUUGGCGCGGGAGCUGACUUUGUGAUGCUGGGCGGCAUGCUGGCGGGCCACACGGAGAGCGGCGGUGACACCAUUGAGAAAAAUGGCACCAAGUACAAGAUGUUCUAUGGAAUGAGCUCUGAAGUGGCAAUGAGAAAGCAUGCAGGCGGCCUGGCUGAGUACAGAGCAUCUGAGGGCAAGACCGUAGAAGUCCUAUACAAAGGUCCGGUGGAAGUGACAAUGCGAGACAUCCUGGGCGGGGUUCGCUCCACCUGCACCUACGUGGGUGCGGCCAAGCUCAAGGAGCUGAGCCGCAGGACCACCUUCAUCAGGGUCACCCAGCAGCUCAACACGGUCUUCGGCAACAACGCCUAAAACUCCAGAUGGAUGUUGAUGUCUUAGAAAGAGUCUGCGACACUGCUUGUGUGCGUCACAAGCCAUAUGUGCACCAAUUCAGUUACAGUACUGCCAUUCCAUGUGUUUCGUCACUAUUUCGGCAUCCUCCUAUUUUCAUUCCAACCUUUUAAAGUCUACAUCUUAUUAUUUAGGAAGCCGAAAGUUAUAUGCAACAGCUUAAAUGUUAGGGUUUUUUUGCACUUAAUAUUUUAAGGGUCCAAUUAUAGAAUAUUUAUUAGUAAUGUCUUUUAAAAUAUGCAUAAAUGUUAUAGCAGUAAACCUAUAUAUACCAAAGUUUAAAUGGGUUUGUUUUACUCUUCACUUUCAGAUGAUUGUUCAAUGUUGCCUUUAAAAUAAGUGUUCUUGUUAACCUCACCAAUAAUCGAGUAUCCUACUGUCUGAUUUUGUGUUGUCACAACGUUUUGAAAUAACAGCAUGAUGUAAAACCAUAUUUUUCAUGACCAUUAUGUAAAUCACACACUGUUCAAUCGAUACAACAUUCCACAUGUAUGUGUACAUCCAGGGGUUAGAUAAAGGAGGCGGCUUGGAAGAUGAAACCAAAGAAUCUAAAUACUUUCUUUGCCAUUCCAUUCCAUUUCAUCAAUAGUUAUUUGGGUUAUUUGCUGAAAUGUAUGGAUGGACUCACACACGAUAUUCAUUCUUCCUGCCAAGGCACCCUGACUUUAUGAUGUUUUUGGAGCAUGUUAGUGUUUGGAAAGGAAUAUAUAGUUCCUACCGUACACUAUUUUUGUAUGUGACAAAACGGUCCAAGUCCAAUCUGACAUUGGUGUCUUAAUUAAAUGAUAAAACUUGAAUGAAUGAUAUAGGCAUGAUCUAGAGGCUUUUGCUUUUUAUUUUGUUCCACAAAGACUUGCCAGGCACUGUAUGUACUGCUGCCGAGUAUUUCAGAGCUGACGUCAUCUUCU